CUGUGGUUUUGAGCCUGGGGUAAGGAGGGAUCUGUCUCACAGGCUGUGCAGUAAGAACUUUCACACCUCUUCCUCCUUUUGUGCUGUGGUGCCUUUCUUCUCCUUGUUGGGUGAUGGAAAAAAUCUCUAUGAUGUGACAGUUAAGAAGCAGUCAUGUCAGCUCUCUGUCCACCUCCUUCUCCUGCAGUUGCCAAGACAGAGAUCUCCUUGAAUGGGGACUCACCAUUACUAGCUGCUACUUUUGCCUACUGGGACAAUAUUCUUGGACCUAGAGUCAGACACAUCUGGGCCCCAAAGACGGAACAGAUGCUUCUCAGUGAUGGAGAAAUAACUUUUCUUGCAAAUCACACAUUGAAUGGGGAAAUACUUAGGAAUGCAGAGAGUGGAGCAAUAGAUGUGAAGUUUUUUGUCUUGGCAGAAAAAGGAGUAAUUAUUGUGUCAUUAAUCUUUGAUGGAAACUGGAAUGGGGACAGAAGUACAUAUGGACUAUCAAUUAUACUUCCACAAAGUGAACUUGGCUUCUAUCUUCCUCUUCACAGAGUGUGUGUUGAUAGGUUAACACAUAUUAUAAGGAAAGGAAGAAUAUGGAUGCAUAAGGAGAGGCAAGAACAUUUCCAGAAGAUUGUCUUGGAAAGCACGGAGAGAAUGGAGGAUCAGGGCCAAAGCAUCAUUCCAAUGCUGACGGGAGAAGUUAUUCCUGUAAUGGAACUUCUUUCAUCUAUGAAAUCACACAGUGUUCCGGAAGAAAUAAAUAUAAGUGACACAGUGUUAAAUGAUGAUGACAUUGGGGACAGUUGCCAUGAAGGUUUUCUCCUCAAUGCCAUAAGUUCACACCUGCAGACUUGUGGUUGCUCUGUGGUUAUAGGUAGCAGUGCAGAGAAAGUUAAUAAGAUAGUGAGGACAUUGUGUCUGUUUCUUACUCCAUCAGAACGGAAGUGUUCCAGACUCUGUAGAAAUGAAUCUUCCUUCAAAUAUGAAUCAGGACUCUUUGUUCAAGGAUUGCUUAAGGAUGCAACUGGAAGCUUUGUGUUGCCCUUCCGUCAAGUAAUGUAUGCUCCAUAUCCUACUACACAUAUAGAUGUGGAUGUCAACACAGUGAAGCAGAUGCCCCCUUGCCAUGAACAUAUCUAUAAUCAACGGCGAUACAUGAGGUCCGAGCUGGCAGCAUUUUGGAGAGCCAAUUCAGAUGAAGAGAUGGCUCAGGAUAUCACUAUUCAUACAGAUGAAAGCUUCACUCCUGAUUUGAAUGUUUUUCAAGAUGUCCUGCAUCGUGAUACAUUAGUAAAAGCCUUCCUGGAGCAGGUCUUUCAUUUGAAACCUGGCUUGUCUCUGAGGAGUACUUUCCUUGCCCAGUUUCUGCUAGUCCUUCAUAGAAAAGCCUUAACUCUUAUAAAGUACAUAGAGGAUGAUACGCAGAAAGGAAAAAAGCCUUUUAAGUCUCUCCGUAGCUUAAAAAUAGACCUUGACUUAACAGCAGAGGGCGAUCUUAACAUAAUAAUGGCUUUAGCUGAGAAGAUCAAACCUGGUCUACAUUCCUUUAUCUUUGGGAGACCCUUCUACACUAGUGUACAAGAACGUGAUGUACUAAUGACAUUUUAAAGAUCCUGUAUGCUGCUGAAAGAAAGCUAGUAAUGUAAACACCAUUUUUCCCUUUUUGAUAAGCACAGUCUUGCACUCGAAUGCAGUGACUGAAAGCAAGUUACACUACAAUCCAGUCGAAAUGGGGAGGGAGUAUUCGAGGGAAAGUCACUUCAGUUAGGGAAGCACACUUCAAAAGAGCCUUUUUUGUUGUUUACAGUGAAAGUAAAUAUUUCAGUAGUUUUUAUGAUAUUUUGGGUUUGUUGUGUAAACUUUGCCACAGUUCUGGCUUAAACUGAUUUAAAGGGAGGCUUUUGUAUUGACUCUUUAGAGAGAUCAUACAGCUUCCCCACCAUUUCUCUUCAAUUUUGUGUCCCUCCUUAUCCUGUUAUCAGUAUUUCCCAGUGUUGUCAUGGAAAACCAUACUUCUUGUCCUCUCCAUUAUGGAGGGCACUGCCUUUUGUGAAACAGAAACUGGAAGGACAGUUUUAACUCUUUUUUUGUUCUGUCUUCUUUCCUAUGUGUGGGGCUGGUGUGAAAAACACCUUCCCUGCUCCCCAUCCCAUUCCAACUUCACCAGAAGCUUUUUUGCUACUUUAUAUGAUGCAUUUAAAAGGAUAUUAAAAAGAAACUAAAGAUGAAGGAGUACUGUACAGCAUUAUCCUUGGGAGCCAGAGUGCUGCCUUUUAGUGGAUUGUAAAGCCAAACUGAUCUGAAGAAUGCUGCUUUUAAAACAGGGUCAUUAUUUAAGCUGUUUUGCGUGUAUAAGUGCCAACCAGGAUUUUCUGUCACUGACUAUGUUGAACCAUCAUGCAUUUCAGUGCUUAAUGAUCCAACGUAAUAGAGCUCUUUCAGAAAACAAAACAGGAAAAUUAGGUUUUACACUUGCACAGCCAUUGCCAACCUUUCUUUUUAUAAUCUGCUCCUGUUUUUUUAUGAAUAAAAACAAAGGCCACAUUAAAACACUAGACCACCUGUGCCUCUGUUCUUUUUGGAAAUAACCCCUGGAAUAUAGCCAAACUUCAAGAUACACUUUCUUUUCAUGUUACCUUUGUCAUAUGUUCAGCAUAACUUCAUUCAGGAAUCAAUGUGGCUGUUAGCUAAUAGGAAUAACAGUGUUGAUGGAAAAACAAACUCUGGUUCAGUGAGAUGCUAAUCUCCCUCAUCCACACCAACACACUCACCUCUCAGUCCACUUGUUUUGCUUUGCAUACAGAAGAUAAAGAACAGCAGGAAGUUGGGAAAUGUACUUUACCUGCUUUCAGAGCAUUUCUUACUUGAAUAAUCUGAGCUGUUGGAUGUAGUUUUCAGAUUCCCCAGAAGCUUUUCAGGUUUUGCCAAUGUGCUACAUGGUGUACUGUGCUAAGUGAUGCAUCUGCAUUGCGUGCUGCUAUCUAUCUGUCUUCUCCCCUUUCCUUUCUCCUCCUCCCCCCCCCCC